UCAAACGAGAAAUGAAACGAGUUAUUAAACUAAAAAUGUUUCGAAUCUGAAGCUUCAGCUUUAUCCGAAGUUAACCCACUACUCGGACUGGUGCGUAGGGAUGCAAAUGAUUGAUUACUAGUGAGGUAUCAAUCUUGCAAGUAAUUUACAUUACACGGGCUGUGCUUUCAAAAGAAACUCAGCCGUUCUGAAUCAGCGGUUUAGAGUCAAUGUUAAGCUCACGUUAAGUGCGUUUUAACGAAGAAAUGAUAAUUGAAAUAAACAGACCACUAGAAAAUAGGGUUUAAUCUUCGGUCUGGUCGAAGAAUUCCACCUUCCGUGCAGACGCUUUUCUCAUUUUUGUUACGCGUUCGAAAGUCGGCUUUUUCCUUCCUCCCAUUGGGCGCUCCGCCUUUAUCGAUCUGUCUCAAGAAAAUAAAUUGCCAUGACGACAACCUUAGCCAAUGGGUGACAGAAACCACCCGGCUUCGCUAGUUUCUCUGUUCCUAUUUUUUGUUAUCAAACCCAAAGACAUGGGAACUCAAUUAAAGUUAGGUCCAACAAAAUUAGAAUAAUUUAAGACAAACACUCGAAUUUGUUGUUUUCCAUAUUUGAUUUGUAGUAUUAUCGACGUUUUUAACUCCUCUUUCUUGUUGAUCUCGCAUCAAAUUGUUAUUUUCGACCAAAGUCUUACCUACCUUAUCGACUAUUAAGGCAGAGAAACGCCCAUCGCUUUAGUAAUAUGGCGUUUAUAGCAACAAUGAUAGAAAAUGAUUCGAAAGAAUUGAGCCACUUGUUGAUAUAGUGGUUAAAGUUAUUUAUUAUUUACCAUUUUCAUGAUCUCACCGCAAAGUAUCUGUGAACCACAAGGUUUCGGUUUUGGUUUCAUUUUAUUGAAGAAUAGACAUGUUUUUCUUUUCUAAACCAAAAUAACGGGCGUCAAUAUUUAUUACCAACGUACAAGCAUGAUAUGGUUUUGUUUUGGCGAUGGAUUUCGGGUAACAGUGUGUAUUCUUUGUUUGUUCGCUUUUAAUGGACGCGUUAGACCAAGACCUUUUCCUGAAGAUGGUGGAACAGUGACUCAAUCUGGUGAACCGUCGCAUUUUCAAGUCGACGACAAAGCCGCAGAGAUUGAAGUGAAUGCCAACCCUGCUGGAGUGAAAGUCAACGCCAAACCAGCGUCUCUUCAAGUUGUGGCAAAGCCUGGCACCCCAGCGAUUCCAAUAUUUCACCCAGCAAUUCACCUCGCGCAGCACUAUGCUCCUCCUCCGGUCAUUCAUCAUCAUCCAGCUAUGUUUUACCAUAGUGGAUACCACUUACCGUUCGGUCCGUUCGGUCACGACUGGUUUUACAACGGGGUAAAGCGACAAAGGUUUCCCAGACCGAGCAAAGAUGAAACCGGAGUCAGAACACACAAGUCGGAUAUUCCGCGUACAAGUGAUCACAAGAGGGGCUCCAAAUCUCGGAAGCGUCAAUUUAUCUCUGCGGUUCCUAAGUUUGUACAACCGUCGUUGCUGUCUUCUCCAGGAGGCCUAAAUGCUUACGGAAGUUACGGAUAUGGUGCCUUACCUCAGUAUGCUCUGUUUGGUUCAGGACUUGGAGCUUACGGUGCCCGACAAAGUCCUCAAACAGCAGGGUUAUUUGCACUACCCUCACAGCUCACCCCCCAACAAAGUCUACAAGAGUCAGGUCUGUCAAGAAGUAUUUUACCUUCACAAGGUUCCUCAAGAGACCGAGAUAAUUCUGAUAUCUUACGAGGCUAUCAGAGGCUCUACAGUGAGUUGAAUGGCCUAACAUCUCUAUAUAACUCGCUCUUAAGACAAAGAAAUUUGAAUUCAUUGCGAGACUUGGAUUAUGGUAAUGCGUUAGGCACACCAGGUGUGAAUGCAGAAGGGAGUGCUCUGGGUUUGGUACCAUCUUACCUAGGAGCAACACAGUAUGGAGGUGCUAUGAUGGGUUAUGGAAGAACGUACAUCCCUUCGCCAUUGGCUCAGCCAUACAGCGCACAGAGUUCUCUUCCCCUUACCAAUGGAUUACUUGGGGGGUCGUUGAUUGGUCAACAACCCUUGGCGCGGUAUGUCGACCUUUCCUCGUUAAUGCGACGGUCUCCAGUGGUGAGCAGAUCCAAGGUCCCUGGAUCCUCAGAAAAGAAAGCCAAGAAACAACACCAGCAAGAGCACUUUAAAGACAAAAGGAAAGUCAAGCGACAAACUCUAGUUGAGCCAAUUCUAGCCGCUGAAGAUUCAAACAGUGUGGACGACUUAUUACAAGACGACGUGUCUCAAAAUUACAAACGACAGCUGGUGCUGACACCAACCCUGGAAUCGCUACAGCAACUACAGCCAUUACAAACAACGUUCACUCAGCAAGUCUUACCGCCACAACCGUUGCAGUUACGUCAGCUACAACUUCAGCAGCAACUAUUACAGGAGCAGCCGUUUACACGUCAGUCAUUAGGGAUGCAGCCUGUAGGCAUGGAGCAACAGGUGGGCAUGCAGCCGUCAGGCGUACAACAGCAGGUAAGCAUGGCAGGACCUCAGUCACUGGGAAAUAUUCUCUCCUUGGACUCAACACCACUCCGCUAUAUGACGUCAUCUCUGGUGACACCCAUGGCUAACCUGGGUACCAACUUGGCCGAAAGGUCAUCGCCGGCGGUAUCGCAGCGGAUGACAUCACCACUGGCAUCAUCUAUGAUGUCAUCAUCUUUAGCUCCUUCAAGUUUUAUCUCGCCACUGGUUUCAAACGCGUUUUCUCGUCCAGGAAAUGAUUUGAACUCAUUUGCAAGCUUUUCAUCCCCGGGUUUACUUCAAGACAGAUCUCUUUUUCGCCAUCCUCUCAGACUUGGUUACCCGACCUACACAAGGCGUAUUCUUCACAGACCUCAAUACCGAAGGCGGUUACACAACUUCAGAGAGGAUGAAGACCUCGACGGAAUUCAUCCAGAAGUUAUAGGACACGAAGGAAUUACCCAGGAAGGAUCGUACUCCACAGAGGAAGUUCCUAGCUCUGACGGACAGACGCUUAUUAACUCACCCGUAGGGUUCGGACCAAUCACCGUUGAGGCCAAGACUGCGGAAGGGGCAAGGGCAGCGCAAGCCGCUGGAGAAGAUAAGAGAUAUCGUAUUGACAAACCAACUGCAAGGAAACACAGAAGAAAGCAAAAAGAAAAUACGUUAACUUAAGAAGUGUUCUGCCACCCUGACUCGGAAUGUCGCGACUUCAGUUGGUUACAUGAGAUGGCGCUUCCACUGAGUCGUUGGUCAAGUAAAAUCAUUCGUUAAAACGAUUAAGGGAAAACUUUAAGGGAACCGUCACUCGAAACAUCAGCGGUAUCCAAUCUUCUCUCUAAACAAUAGCCAGGAAUUCCCUUAGUUUACAGAAAAAAUUCGUGUUUGCCACGAUCAGAUUAAUUUCUACUUGUCGUUCAAGAUGCAAUGUGUAAAUAAAGAUUACGGCAAUUUACGUUGUUAUGCUACAAAGUAUAUGUAUAUACUUUACUUUAGUUUGCGUUUUUCAUCCUGGAAGGCAUGAUCAAAAUGUGCCACUGAGUCGCACCGGCCACAUUUCUUUACUGUUGAUACGACGACAAUGUCUGAUGGAAAACAGGUUGUGCCCAGUUAUUGUACGUGCGCGCCGGUUUGCAAAUGUUUUGGCCAUCAUUAUCGAAGGACUCGUUGAGGUACACACUAAUAUAUUCUAAUGAUUAAGUUAUAUGUGUUUGUAACCCAAACACCAUGUCGUAUGGAAAUAACAAUAAACAUGUAUCUGCAUGAUUAUCAGCAGCAAAACUUAAACCGAGUAGCUAGGAUAGUCAUGAGAUCAUUUUUAAGCCGGUUUAGCAUGUAAAUUUCAGACUGAGAGUCUGUCAGUUCCUCAAUAUUAAUAUUAAGAUGGUUUCUUACGAACCGACUUCAUGUACGAUUAUUUAUGGUCACGGAAACGCGUCCGAAUUGAUUCACUUUUAGGUCCUUUCGAUAACUGCAAAUAGCCAAAUAAACAGAAAUAAUAUCGCCUUUCAUUAAAGAACUUAUCGAGCUGA